AUGCUGCAAGCUACGAUUGUCGAAAUGAAACAUGAUAUUCCACUAAAAAUCGAAUCGUCAAAAGAAAAGAAAAUGCCAGGAUAUACCAAAGAUCUCUUCAUGGCCAACAUGAAUCGACGAUUAGCUGUACGGAAACUAUUACAUAAUCGUCUAUCAAUCACAACUGAUGUCAUGUGUGCAAUUAGUAUUGUUAGUAUUAUUCUGAUGAUUAUUGCGAACGAGAUUGCUUUCAAUCAACCAGGAGAGUUCGAUACCGUUGCAGGCUGGUUUGUCAAGCUUAUCAUUACCAUCUUAACUGCUGUUCUUCUCAUUCUUGUUCUUGUCUAUCAUCGUCUUGACCUUGAUCUUUAUUCUAUCAAUAAUUCGAUUGAUAACUGGUGUGUUGGACUGACACAUCAACGAUUAUUCAUAGUCGUCGCUGAACUGAUGAUUUGUGCAAUUCAUCCAAUGCCACGAUCGUNAGGAGAGUUCGAUACCGUUGCAGGCUGGUUUGUCAAGCUUAUCAUUACCAUCUUAACUGCUGUUCUUCUCAUUCUUGUUCUUGUCUAUCAUCGUCUUGACCUUGAUCUUUAUUCUAUCAAUAAUUCGAUUGAUAACUGGUGUGUUGGACUGACACAUCAACGAUUAUUCAUAGUCGUCGCUGAACUGAUGAUUUGUGCAAUUCAUCCAAUGCCACGAUCGUAUCCAACUAACAGCCAACUAGUUCGAAUACAACCAAACACGAAUGCAACAGAAACAAGUCCACAUAGUUAUUCAUAUGUAUCGAUUGAUGCUGCGCUCGGUUUGCCAAUGUUCUUUCGAUUGUACCUGCUAUUUCGCUGUUUCAUGUAUCACUCGCAUUUGAUUCGCAAUUCUGCAACUCAAUCACUAGGCUAUCUCAAUCAAGUUUCAAUGAACUUCUCAUUCUUUUCCCGUGCCUAUAUUAAUCGUUGGCCAACGCGAUGUUUAUCGUCAUUCUGUAUUUUGAUAUUUUUCGUCGGAAGUUGGUGUUUACGAGCUUGUAGUUAUCGAUCGAAUAACGAACAUUUAUCGAUGGGUGAUGCCAUGUGGUUGUUUUCUGUGACAUUCACUACGGUCGGAUACGGAGACUUGUAUCCGUCAACGUAUUGUAGCAGAACUGUAGCUAUUAUUAUAUCACUCAUUGGUCUCUUUGCAAGUGCAUUGCUGAUCGCGGUUCUCUCACAAAAGCUAUCACUCGAUCGAGCAGAAAAGUACGUUCAUGGUUUCGUUAUUGGUAUUCAACUAGCAAAAAGAUAUGAAGCACAAGCAUCGAAUACCAUCAAAUUUGCUCUCAAACUAUGGGUGUUGAGGCGCAAAGGAAAAACACAUUCUGUACGGUAUCUUUUCACAGAGCAGAAGUUUUUUCGUUCAAUCAAUAUAAGCAAAGAGAUCAAACAAGAAAGAAAACGAGUUACGGAAAGUUUAGUCAAUCAAACCGAAAUAUUCACGAUGCAACGUAGUGGAAAUGAGAAAAUCGANGAAGCACAAGCAUCGAAUACCAUCAAAUUUGCUUUCAAACUAUGGGUGUUGAGGCGCAAAGGAAAAACACAUUCUGUACGGUAUCUUUUCACAGAGCAGAAGUUUUUUCGUUCAAUCAAUAUAAGCAAAGAGAUCAAACAAGAAAGAAAACGAGUUACGGAAAGUUUAGUCAAUCAAACCGAAAUAUUCACGAUGCAACGUAGUGGAAAUGAGAAAAUCGACGCAGUCAAUAUUGAAAUGAAUGCAAUGAAAAUGAAAGUCGAAAAAAUCGAAGAACAACUGGUUGAAGUACAAAAGAUAAUGAAUAACAUACAAAACGGACUGAAUGAUUUGCUCUCUAAUGUCGCACAACAAAGACGCUCAUAG